UACAAAAAGCGUGGUUCGUGCCGACAGCUGAUCAAAACCAAUUUACAGAGGAAUCAUCAAUCACAAUCACAGGGUGCCUAAAAGCUACAAACAUGUUCAAAUUUAAUUUUGAAGUCGAAGCGGAUGCUUCUGAAGAUCCACAGUCCGUUAAAAGUCCUAUUUUUGAUAAGGAAAAGGAUUCCGAAGAAGCUGGUUCGGAAAAAACAAAGGACAUAGAUUGGUACCAGGCAGAGAAAGUAAAGCCCACAGAUAACUUGAUAUCCAUAUUGGAUUUCUACGAGCUGAAUGCCAAGGAAAUUGAAGUGGGAAACACAACGAUAAAACACCUCGUGGCCGGCUUUUUGCUGGACGAUAUUAAAGCUCAAUCGGAUCUGCAGGACCUCGAUAUCAGAAAGUCCGAGGAAAACCAUUCGGAUCUUAUAGCCGGAGUCUACGAAGGUGGUGCCAAAAUAUGGGAAUGCACAGACGAUCUUCUACAAUAUCUAUCCGAAAAGUAUGAGGACACAUUCUGGAAGGACAAAAGAGUUCUGGAUCUGGGUUGUGGUUCCGGUUUACUGGGGAUAUAUGCCAUUAAACAUGACGCACGAGUCGAUUUUCAAGACUAUAACAAAGAUGUUUUGGAAUACAUCACGUAUCCGAAUAUUCUGCUAAAUGUUGACGAAACGCUAACUGAGGAUGAAAAGCUGGAGUUUUUGGACAAUAAGACAAGCUUGUACGCCGGAGAUUGGUCUCAUUUCGCUCAACUAACGAAGGAGGUGGAGAAAUACGAUAUAAUUCUUACCUCAGAGACAAUCUACAAUAUAGAGAAUCAGCAAAAACUGUUGGAAACUUUUGCCGGUCGCUUAAAGUCAGACGGAAUCGUUUUGGUCGCUGCAAAAUCUCAUUAUUUUGGAGUAGGAGGUGGCCUGGAACAAUUUUCCUUAAAGAUAAAGCAGGGAAAUGUAUUUCAAAGUGAAAGUGUCUGGCAAGCAGACGAAAAUUUGAAAAGAGGAAUUUUGCAAUUAAAGUUUAAAUGA